AGUAUAUCUAUAUAGUCAAUGAUUGAUGGUUGCUGUUCAAUUUUUUGAAAAUUCGUGUUCUUGUUAUCACUCAACCAGAUUCAGAUUUUCCCUCCGUUGUACGAAAAAUUUUGUAAUACCUUUCAUCCUAUUUCCGUACGUUCAACAAUGACUAUUGUAAACAAUUGAUCCUGCAGUUUUUCUUCUCAUUAUGAAGAGUAAUCCCAUAGUGUUAUGGUUUUAUGCGUAAUUGGUCCAGUUCGUUUGCUUCUCCGUUUAUGAGAGUUUCCUUUUUUCGUAUUUCAAGUGUAUUAAUGCGUUGUAAUGGUUGUGGAAUGUACUUGGUCUGGCUGUACUUCGUCCUUUGGUAAGAAAUCCUCUUUGAAGAGACACAUCAAAGCUGUGCAUGAAAAGCGUCGUGCUUUCGUAUGUCCUGUCGCGGAAUGUGAGGCUGCAUUUAAUGAUAAGUAUGGUUUGAAACGACAUGAAGCGUCAGUUCACCUUAAAGAACGUAAUUUCAAAUGCUGUUGUUGUCCUCAACUUUGCGCUAAUAGAACUUCGUUACGUCGUCAUGAGCAAAAUAAACAUGGUGUUCAUUCAGAACCUGAUGGUAAAAUUGUAAAAUGGGAAAAACCAAGUCUGAUAUGUGCUGAGUGUGGAAAUACGUUCACUAGAAAAGAUCGCAUAGCCAGACAUAUUGUUGAGCAGCACGGCUUCGAUGGCGAAUAUUUCAAAUGUCAACAUUGUAGUCGGAAAUUCAAACGAAAGAAUGAUAUCAGGAAACAUAUGAUUACUAAACAUCUUCAACCACAGAAUCGUGUACCUGCACGAAAACCUGGCGUGCGCUGUAUUUUGUGUGAACGAUCGUUUGAACUUAUGAAUCAACUAUGUGAUCACUACGUUGACGAACAUAAAAUCGAUUUGAACAUCAAAACGCUUUCAUUUUCUUCCAGACAAGAAUUUUUAGCGUGGAAAAAAGAAAUAGAAGACUCGACGAUGGCUAGAUAUCGUUUACGAAAUUACACGAAGCGUAAACAAGGAUUUAUAUGUCACAGAUCGGGCUGCUACAAUGUAAAAUCCGCUGAUAGAAAAAGAUCCUUUCUUCGUCGAGGUUCGAAGAAGUUGAACGGAAUGUGUCCAGCAUCGGUUACUUUACAAAUGAACGAAAAAAAUGCUACAUACGUUGUUACGUUUAUACAAACUCACGUAGGCCAUUCGCCGAGUGAAGAAGAACUGAAAUUUAUUUUUCUUCGCAAAGAAGAACGUAAAGAAGUAGCCCAACUUCUUGCCGCCGGUGUUCCGAGGCAGAGUAUACUUAAAGAUCAACAGUACAGAAAUGUCCACGGCGAUUUAUUAGAUUACAAAAAAUUAUACAACCUUGGGAGAUUUUUCAAAGAAGAGCGCUCGGAAGAUCUUACAGACCCGUAUGAAAAUGAUCCUGGGAAUUUAGAAACGUUUCUCGCCGAACACCAAGCAAGCAUUUUGUUUCACAAGCGUCAGGGUGAUAGUCCACCGGUGGAUAAAUUUACCGACUGUCAACUAACAGAUGAAGAUGCAAUCCUGGUAUUCAUGAAUGAUUUUCAAGAAAAAAUGUUGAAAACUCUCGGACGUAAUAUCUUAUGUUUGGAUGGAACUCUUGGUACCAAUUCUUGUGGUUUUUUUCUAUAUACUUUGCUAGUGUUGGAUUACGAUGGCGAAGGGUUUCCAGUCGCUUUCAUGUUCAGCAAUCGUAACGACAAGAUAUCUAUCAAAGUAUUUUUACGUUCCAUAAAGGAGAAAAUAUGCGAGGUCAUAACGCCUAAAAUUGUCAUGUCCGAUAUGCAAGAAUUGUAUUACAACGCGUGGGUCGAAGAGAUGAUUAAACCAGCUACUUACCUUCAUUGCAUGUGGUAUGUAUGGAAGGAAUGGAAGAAGCAUUUUCCGGCGUCGAACAAAACGAUUAAGCAAGAUUUGUACGACCUAACGCUCGAAUCAUGCCUGGAAACGUUUCAUGAGAGACUGGAGAAAUUUCUCACUCUGGGUGUUGUUCCGGAGGGGAACGUUGAUCAAAGAGUGAAUGAUUUCUUUAGAUAUUUUGAAAAAGAAUUCUGUAACGAUAAACAAUACAUGUGUUGGUCAUACGCGUAUAGAUUGCAUUCUGGCGAAAGUACAGCUACGCAUUUGGAAUGUUUUCAUCGUACGCUCGAUUAUCUCCAUAGUUUCGGCAAAACAACGAAAGAUCUGUACUCGGGAUUACGCCUGAUCGUGUAUUACUUGAAUCAAAGAAUAAAUACCAUAUUUGGAAAAUCGAAAGGUAAAAGUGUUCCUCGACUCGUGUUUCUUAAACAGGCCCAUAGACUUGUCGAGAAGAAAGGCUGUAUUACUAUACAAAAAGCCCCCGAAGGUUGGCUAGUUCCUUCUUUUCAAGAACCCAAAGAUGGCUGCGAAGAAUUCUACCUCGUACAGAAGAUCCGUGAAAGUUGCCCGGCCAUAGUUGACAAGCACAUAGGCGUUUGCUACCUUAACUGCGCCCAGUGUAACGAAUGUGCGCAUCGAUACUCGUGCACGUGUGUAGAGAACAGUAUCCGUCUACACAUGUGUAAACACAUUCAUACCGUUGCUUUAGCCGAACUCGAAUCGCAGUCAUUAAUGCAAGACGAAAGUUAUAAAUUACAAGAAGUGUCGGCGGAAGAUUUUUCAACCUUGACAGCGAUUUCACCUGAAGAAGGCUCCUAUGUUUUGCAUGAAGAAGUUAUUGAUCUCGAUGCAACGAAAAGAAACCUGAUGGACACUGUUAAAAGUUUGUUAGAAAAAGUUAAGACCAGAGAACACGUCGAAGUAGUAGAAGAACUUUUGAAAUCCGCCAAUACUGCCAUUGAUUCCUCUAGAGCUCAGCAAGCAACAGCUACGUUCGUUCAAAGAUGAUUUUUUUUUCUUAUUCGUAAUCUUAAUCUUUGUGACGAGUCAAAUAAUUUUUUUAAGCCUAUGUGAUUGACAUUAACUGUCCAUUUAAAUGUUUUUGAUAUAAUAAAAAUUUCUAUUUGUUUAA